AUGUCAUCAAAGGUUCCAAAAAACAAUAAACUUGUCUGGGGAGAGAAACAACAAAGGAAUUUUGAUACAUUGAAGAGAAAAUUAGCGUCAGCACCAGUCCUUAAGAUUCCAACCAGAAUUGGAAAAUUCAAGGUAACAACAGACGCAUUAGGGUCAGCAGUCGGCGCCGUAUUGGAGCAAAAAGAGAACGGGGAAAAAGACCAGUAG